AUGUUAAGUGCUGUUAGACGUUGUUACAAUCUAAAGCCAACAGUUCCUAGUGUCAGAUAUUUCUGUAGCAAGAAUGUAACGGCGGGAUCCAAAUUUUCCAGCCACUCUUUUGAGGAUUUCAUACACAAACGCCAAGAGGAGGCAACACGCAGUGUCAUAGUACAAGUCAGUUCGGAACGAUCAUUUCCAGAGUUAUACAACUAUUGUCGAGAUUAUGGCAACAUAACAGCAGCCUUUCAUUAUUGUGUUAGGCAUGAUGAUGUGCAGCAUUAUAUCCUGCUGGAAUAUGAAAAUGCCCAACAAGCCUCCGAGGCCAUAGAUUCAGCGGCAUAUAAUGAAGACCUCACCGGUGUGCCAGUGCGUUCCCCAUUUCUGUGGUUUCGGGCCACCGGACGUAAGACAGUACAACGUGACACAGUGUCGGGAAGUAAAACCCAACUGGCCGCCCUGGAUGGCAUUCGCAUAAUGGACCAAGAAGCCUUAGUGGCCGUGCUCAAAGAAGCCGAAGAUAUCGAAAAACAAAUAUCUCUACUCUAUGAAAAUACCAAAUUAAAUGAUUUGGGUAUACGUCUACGUUUCUUGGCUGCCUCACAAGUGCAGCAGGCCAUCUCUGGAAUGUUCCCUUUGGCAAGGGCCCUACCAUUUGGUUCAUCGGUAAAUGGUUUUGGUAAAAAUGGUUGUGAUUUAGAUUUGAUUCUGCGACUUGAUGAAGAAUGUAAGGGUCCGGAUACGAAAAAACGUCCCGAAUCACGUUUGGUAUUUCACACCAAAGAGAAUUUAACAAAUGGCCGUUCCCAAACGCAGCGGCAAAUGGAAAGUAUUGGUGAUAUGUUGCAUUUAUUUUUGCCUGGCGUUUGUCAUGUGCGAAGGAUAUUGCAGGCCCGUGUACCCAUUAUAAAAUAUCAUCAUGAACAUUUAAAUUUGGAGAUAGAUUUGUCAAUGAGUAAUCUCUCCGGUUUCUAUAUGUCCGAGUUACUCUUCAUGUUCGGUGAAUUUGAUGAACGUGUACGCCCGCUAAUCUUCUGCAUCAGACGAUGGGCACAAUCAUGUGGUCUAACUAAUCCCUCACCAGGACGAUGGAUUUCAAAUUUCUCCCUAACCUGUUUGGUUAUCUUCUUUUUACAGCAAACCAAACAGCCCAUUCUACCCUCAAUUAAUAACCUCAUAAAAUCUGCCUCCAGCGAAGAUGUUCGUAUUACCGAAGACGGUAUAAAUUGUACAUUUGCCCGCAACUUUGAGGCCAUUGGGUUUUCAAGUAAAAACAACAACAAAAUCAGUGAUUUGUUAUUGCAAUUUUUUGAAUUCUAUUCACAAUUUGAUUUUCAAAAUAAGGCCAUAUCGUUGAAUGAGGGUAGAGCGGUUUCCAAACCCGAUCACUCGGCAUUGUAUAUUGUCAACCCCUUGGAACAAUUGCUAAAUGUUAGUAAAAAUGUAAGCCUUGAGGAAUGUGAACGCUUGAGGAUAGAGGUACGAAAUGCAGCCUGGGUAUUGGAAUCGGAAGUGGAAAAUUAUCAACACACGGGAGUGGAUAAGUCUCAAGAACCCUGGGGUCUUUUGAAUUUAUUUAAAACAGCGGAUAAGAAUAUCAUAAGGCCAAAUAUGUUCUUUAAGCCACGCAUUUUGGAAGUUAGUGAAUUAUUUGAUAAUUCGGAAUCAUCGAACCAAAGCCCAGCUAAUCAACAAAAAGCCUCUACAAAUAAUACCGCCACAGCAACGGGUUUGGUUUUUAAAAAUGGCCAUGUUAAAAAUCAAGUGGAGAGCAUAAAAUCGACGGUACGGCAAGAUUUAAAACAAAUGAGACUAAAUUCUACAACGGGUGUCCAGUCAUCAACGAAAUCCUCCUCGACAUCUUCGGCGGGUUCUAAUAAAUCCUCCAAACGCAGCAGAUGA